GAAAUAUUCGAGAAGCAAGUCGCGAUAUGGCACCAUACAAAGACUGGAACAAGAUGGAUGAAGAUGAGGAGGAUGAACUCCAAGACACCACGUACUUCGAGAGCAGACGGGAUGUGAUUCUUUUCUGUAUCGACUGCUCAGAAUCUAUGUCUGCACCGAGAGAACAUCCGAAAUACGAAGAUGCCCAGACAAGCCACUUACUCACCGCCCUUGAUGCUGCCGUCCAGAUCAUGAAGAAGAAGGUCACUGUGGGGCCCAAUGACUCUGUUGGAAUCAUGCUAUAUAAUACUGCAAAGGGUAUCACCUCUGGUCGGGUUUCAGACCUCAAAAGAGGGACGUUCGUACACCUGCCAAUCACCACUAUCAAUGCUCCGAAUGUCCUUGAUUUAACACGACUGGUGGAUGAGGCCCGCACUGAUAUGAGUGUGCUUCGCGAGGCAUGUCCACCUCUGGAUGACAGAUGUAUUCCUAUGGGUGACGUCUUCACGAGCUGCAACUGGGUUCUCCGAGAUGGAGCGCCGAAGACUGCGUCGAAGCGCGUUUUCCUCAUCACAGACAAUGAUGACCCGCACCGUGACGCGAUCAGCGAGAAGCUGCUUCUGGCUGCGCGAACGACUCUUGUUGAUCUCGUGCAAGCAGGGGUGACGGUGGAGCCUUUCUUCAUCAGCACCGAAGACAAGCCGUUUGAUCAGACAAAAUUCUGGACGAACGUCCUGUUGUCUUCGGAGUUCGACGACUCGGAGUCUCAGACGGGGAGCUCUGAGCUUCCCGAGUCGAUCUCAAUCACGCGCAUUGACGACCUGUUAGACCAGAUGCGCUUCCACGAGCUGCCGAAGCGUGCAUUGUUCAGCGUCUCGCUGCAGCUCGCGCCCGAUUUCUGCAUCGGCGUCAAAGGCUACGGGCUCGUCGCAGAGCAGCGCAAGGGCGCGUACAAGUACUUUGCAGACCUUGGGGACAGGAUGGAGGUCGCUGAGAGUCGGACGGCGUAUGUGGACGAGGAUCGACAAGCGGAGGUGGACAAGCACGAUAUCGUGUUUGGUAUGACGCUUGGAGCCACCGGAGACGACCAAGACGCGCCAGGAGGGUUCGGCACGAGGGCCGUGGGUGUAGGCAAGCGGGUGUUCUACACCGCAGACGAAGUGCGAUCUUUCCGCACCCUUGGGCUCGAGCCGGGCAUAAAGUUGCUUGGCUUCAAAGAUCGCGAUGACCUUGCUUUCGAGGACAACGUGCGGCAUUCGACGUUCAUAUACCCGGAUGAGAUGGCGUACUCGGGCAGCAAGCGGACGUUCUCCGCGCUCGUGAAGACCAUGGCCGCCAAGGACAAGAUCGGACUGGCGCUCGGCACCAUGCGGCGCAACUCGGUGCCUAUGUUCUAUGCCAUGCUUCCGCAGACCGAGAAGCUGGAGGAGUCUGGAUGGAUGGAGCCCGCGGGGAUACACCUUGUGCCGCUGCCGUUCGCGGACGAUAUCAGGGCCGCGCCGGUGGAGCAGGCCAUUCGAGCCAAGAAGGACGCCGUGGAUGCAGCGAAGGCAAUCGUUAAGAAGCUGGCGAUCAAGAACGGGACGUACAUGCCAGACUCGUAUCCGAACCCAGCGCUCGCGUUUCAUAACGAGCAGCUAGAGGCGACGGCGUUCCGAGAGGAGUACGAAGCGGACUCGUUCGAGGACGUGACGGCGCCGAAUUAUGACACGAUACACAAGAAAGCCGGCCCGCUGAUCGAAGCAUGGGCGCAAGCGAUCGAAGCGGAUGAAGGCGCAAACACGACCGUCGUCGUCGCUGCUGCCGCCGGAACCAAGCGGGCUGCGACCGUGAGCGUCGACGAAGCGGAGAUCCGGAGCAAGUACGAGUCCGGGUCGAUGGCGAAGCUGCGCGUCGACCAGCUCAAGGACUUUCUGCGCAGCAAGAGUCUGCCCGUAUCGGGAGUAAAAGCGGCGCUGAUAGAGCGGGUCGCAGAGUGGAUGCACGCGCACUGAGCACGGUGGACACGACGCAGCUGAGGGUGAGUGCCGCAUCUCGGUGGCGGGUCCGACUUUGCUUGGGGUCGGUCGCCGACGCGGCGUGGUUUAGGAAUAUAUGGGCUUUGGCGCGAUGUCGAAACUGUAGCAUUAGUCUGUACAUUAUGAAUCAGAUGGUAUCUUGAGCCUGGUG